CUAUAAAAGCAAACCAUACCCUCCCAACGGAAGGAAAUGCCUUUUGGUUUCUGCAAUCCACUCACUACUCAGUUAACCGAUUUCUCUCAAUCAAUGGGGCAUUCUGCUCGUCGAGACGCCAGUCCUAUCAUAAAAAACGUUCUCCUUCUGGAUUCGGAAGGAAAACGGGUAGCAGUCAAAUAUUUUUCAGAUGAAUGGCCUGCUAAUAGUACAAAAUUGGCUUUUGAAAAGCUUGUAUUUACUAAAACUCAGAAGACCAAUGCUAGGACUGAAGCUGAGAUAGCAAUGUUUGAGAACAAUGUUGUGGUGUAUAGAUUUAUACAAGAUUUACACUUCUUUGUAACUGGAGGUGAUGAUGAAAAUGAACUAGCUCUAGCUACAGUCCUGCAGGGUUUCUGUGAUUCAGUUACACUUCUCCUCAGGGGUAAUGUUGAUCAAAGGGAGGCACUUGAAAACUUGGAUUUGAUCUAUUUGUGCCUUGAUGAGAUUGUUGAUGGAGGGAUGAUUCUUGAAACAGAUGGGAAUAUGAUUGCUGGAAAAGUAGCUACACACAGCAUAGAUGAAGGGUCUCCCUUGUCAGAACAGACUAUCACUCAAGCUUUGGCUGCAGCUCGUGAACAUCUGACAAGAUCGCUUCUCAGAUAAUUGAUUUACACUUAUAUUUAAUUUACUUUGGGUGAUUUGCUUUCAAAUUCUUGUGUACACUCUCAUUUUUGUCCUAAACUAAGUCAUAAUUUAAUGACUAUGGUUAUUUCUUUGA